AUGCCCCCCCUCCCCAAGUGGUGCGUCGUGAAGCGACUGGAGGAGCGACAAAGGCAAAAGGGCCAAUCAGGGAGGAAAACAAAACCGCAAAGAUGGGGUUGGUUGGGGCAGGGCGUGUGCGUCAAGUCGAGCAAGACUGAUGCUGUGGCGACACAGGGAAGCGAGGAAGCUGAGAGAUUGAAUUGGGGACGGUUGCAGGCAGCAGCACGCACGCAUGAGCAUCUUGCACGCUGGCUCGUCGACACGCGACCUCUCACGACGGUGAAAGCGGUCGUUGAUCCCCCAACUCGUGCGCCGCGCCGUAACUUCCAUGCAUGCACGCUUAUUCUGAAAGAAACGGGUAUUGUUUUACAAUCUCAGAAUCGCUCUCUCUCUCUCUUAGAAUCUCUCUCUCAGAAUCUCAAUCUCUCUCUCUUCGAAUCUCUCUCUCUCUCUCUCUCUCUCUCUCUCUCUCUCUCUCUCUCUCUCUCUCUCUCUCUCUCUCUCUCUCUCUCUCUCUCUCUCUCUCUCUCUCUCUCUCUCUCUCCUUGUGCCGUGAUCGUUCUGCCUGCUGCGGUUGGAGGCAGUGACGAAGCCCCAGACGAUGCCACCUGUAAAGAUGGCGCCACCCUCUACCGCGAUGACACCGAGGAGAUUGUUGGCUGCUACAAAUACUUUUCCGACUCGCUGACCUGGACCCAAGCCCAGGAAAAAUGCCAGGCCGUCGACUUUGCCCAAGCUUGGCUGACCGGCAACGUUGAGGAUACCGACUACUCUUCCUAUACCAAUCACGUUAUUCUUGACGGCUAUGCCAACAGCAUUUACUGGCGCUACAGAUCCGCAGUCGUGGAAACCUACCCUUUUGUCUGCCGCAAAGAUGCUUGUUCGCCUGGAGAAGACAUUCUCGACGGCAUCUGCUCCCCCAAUGCCGACUCGGUCAACAAAAAGACUGCUUCUCUGGGCUGGAUUGCUGGCGCCGUCAUUGGCGGCCUCAUUGUCAUCUUUGUCCUUGUCAUGCUCUUCCUCCGAUUCUACCACAACGAUAUUUACUGCCGCGUCAAGGACGCGCUCUUGUGCCGCGGUGCGCGCGAACGAGCCCAUUCGCAGCAAAUGGACAUUUUGCGCCAGGAAAACCAGCAGCUCAAGCGCCGCCUGACUCGGCUCUCCAGCCAGCUUCCGCCCGACGACGUGGCCAAGAUGAUGGCCAGCAUGGAUACAGAAGAGGCUGAUUUGGAGGCCAACAAUGCCAACAGUAGCCGGCGCGACAGUCGAAAAGAGAGCUCGGAUGCCAUCAAUGCCAUGUACGCCCCACAGGGACCACGCAACAACUUGCGCUCCGCCUCCAAGCGUCAGGAUGCGCAAACCAAUGCCAAUGCGACUGAAACGGCUGGCCCACUUCGCAUUCGACCAAAUAACCGGGUUGCCCCCAUGCCUCAGCGAGCCCCUAUGUCUGUGAAGCGUACUCUGCCCGUCAUUCGCGGCCCGGCCCCAGCGAUUGAGAAGCCCGCGGACGAGGACAAGGAAGACGCGCGCGACGCUGACACCGCUUCCACCACAACUUCCAACCCACCAAACGACGCCGACGAUGACAAUGAUAAGCCUGACACCACCCCCAACACAACCUCGGCCCUCUCCAGCUCCACUGCCUAG